GUUUGUUUGCACUGCUGCUCAAGUGACAACGGCAGUAGUACGCUCACGUCUGGUGACGCUACGUCUGGUGGUAGGGCGCCUGUUGUCCGCACAGAGAGAGAGCGGGGAGGACAAAGCAGAGAUGUCGGCAGGACGUGCACAUGGAGAACCGUCGACCUCAACGAAGGCCGCGGCGGAUGUUCUUGUCAAGGGGCUGGGAGACAUGCUACGGGCUCAGCUGACAGUCGCAAACGGGGACGUUACAAAGGCUGCCGCCGUUACCGACGCCGUGGCGGGAGAGCUAGACUGCAUGCGGAAGGACGUCGGGUCCAUCAACCUCUACUGCAGCGAUUGCGAGAAAAAGAUUGCUGGAACUGGCGGAGACCCAUCGCUUUCAACAGCGCUCGCCGCGAUAGACAGCUGUCAUCAGGAAACCGCUCUUCUCGAGGAGGUCCUCGGGCAACUGGAGGGCCAAAUGGCGCAACUAGAGGAGAGAUGGGGGCGCCUGAAGCGAUGAAGGAUCCACAAGUGUUUAUAGUUGUGAUUUCAAUGGUUUGGAGAAAAAUUGUUUCGAGUAUGGCACGGGAGUCACUGGGGAGGUGUCGAUGGUAAGCCGAAGCGUCCGCGAGCGCCUUGUGCUGGCGGUGCUGACGUGUCGGCACCAUGGUAUUGGUCGUCCAUGUCUUGCAGCGUGGGAUAGUACAUCGAAAGGGCACGAGGAGCAAAUAUCGUAGCCUGCUUUGGACGUGUUUGACGUCGGUGGGGUGGGUUGAGGUCAUGCCGCUGUAUGGUGGUGCGUUGUAUCUGUUACCACCCGUGAUACGCAGGAUCGUAUUGUGUGGGUAUAAGUAUGUAUGUUGAAACUUCACGGCGUGGCGCGGAGGGCACAUGACGACUCUUACCUUCCCAAACGGAGCGCCGCCUGAAAGCGAGUCGGGCUUUGCUAGCGCGUGGCGAGGGGCACGCUGUGGAGGGACCAGUUGUAGCUUUCGGCGCGUCGAGAGAAAUUUGACUGUCUUCUACUGACUACGGCCGUUCAUUACCGGCAGCUUGAAUAAUGAUAGUGAUAGGCAGGACCAGAGCUGGUGUAGGGUGGUCAUUACUGCCGUCUUGGCCCUGGGAGUUGGCCGUGGGAGUUGUCGUCGUCGUAUGCGGCGAUGUGCACAAGUUCCCGUUUGGGCGAUUCAGAUAUGUAGCGUGUCGGGAUGCGUGCAUCUCUGUCGAUUUCGACCGGUCCAAGCCUGCCCCAUAUUAUAGUAGGAUAAAACGCGUUGAGAGAAACAGGCCCAAGUUUCUCCCAAAAUAUAUAUUGAAGUUGGGGUUAAGCCCAUUUUCCCUUGUAUUCAGCCGAGCGAGAUGUAUUUUUUGCCGGGGGAGCGCGUCACGGGAAUGGAGUUUCAGUACCUCAUGCGUCUUGCUCGUGGUUCGAUACUGUUCUACAACCAACAGAUGGCUGCGUGCCCAUGGACUAUCCGACUUCAAGACCUCGACCCGCACGCGGUAUUGCUUCGAGAUGUGGCACUUUACUAAAAACGGAAGACUGGUGAGUCCGCCCUAUCAACGAUUCGACACUGGCAAACAAACGCGGCUUUUGAUGUUUCAGCUGUCCUCCUGGGAUCAAAACCUUCACGGAGCUCUGGCUCCGGCGAAGGCCUGCAC